UCGACGGCAGGUACCAUGUCCAGGCCGAGCAGCGUCUCCCCGCGGCCCCCGGCUCCUGGAGGGGGCGGCGGCGGCGGCGGGGGCGGCGGCAGCGGCGGAGUCUCCUCUCAGUGCGGCUCCGGGGGAAGUGGCGGCCGAGCCAAGGGGCUGAAGGACAUUCGCAUUGACGAGGAGGUGAAGAUAGCGGUCAACAUCGCCUUGGAGCGGUUUCGUUAUGGAGAUCAGAGGGAAAUGGAAUUUCCUUCUUCUUUAACCAGUACUGAAAGAGCUUUUAUUCAUCGAUUAAGUCAGUCUCUUGGUUUGGUCUCUAAAAGCAAAGGAAAGGGAGCAAAUAGAUAUCUAACUGUGAAGAAGAAAGAUGGAUCAGAAACAGCACAUGCAAUGAUGACCUGCAGUUUGACUCACAAUACAAAACAUGCUGUUAGGAGUCUAAUUCAAAGAUUUCCAGUCACAAAUAAGGAACGUACAGAACUUCUGCCUAAGACAGAACGGGGAAAUGUAUUUGCAGUUGAAGCUGAAAACCGAGAAAUGAGUAAGACAAGUGGACGAUUGAACAAUGGUAUACCUCAGAUUCCAGUGAAAAGGGGAGAAUCAGAAUUUGAUUCUUUUAGACAGUCUUUACCAGUGUUUGAGAAACAAGAAGAAAUUGUCAAAAUAAUUAAAGAUAAUAAGGUUGUUUUGAUUGUUGGAGAAACUGGGUCAGGAAAGACUACACAGAUUCCUCAGUUUCUUUUAGAUGAUUGCUUCAAAAAUGGAAUUCCCUGUCGCAUAUUUUGUACUCAACCAAGACGUUUAGCAGCUAUUGCUGUAGCUGAAAGAGUGGCAGCAGAAAGAAGAGAAAAGAUUGGCCAGACAAUUGGCUAUCAGAUACGAUUAGAAAGCAGAGUUUCUCCAAAGACUCUUCUGACAUUUUGCACUAAUGGAGUAUUACUUCGCACAUUGAUGGCAGGAGAUAGUACACUAUCAACUGUGACACAUGUUAUUGUGGAUGAAGUACAUGAAAGGGAUAGAUUUAGUGAUUUUUUACUGACAAAAUUAAGAGAUUUGUUACAGAAGCAUCCAACUUUGAAACUGAUUCUUUCUAGUGCUGCAUUGGAUGUGAAUCUUUUUAUAAGAUAUUUUGGAAGUUGCCCAGUGAUAUACAUACAGGGAAGACCAUUUGAAGUAAAAGAGAUGUUUCUGGAAGACAUUUUAAGAAGUACAGGAUACACAAACAAGGAAAUGUUAAAAUACAAAAAGGAAAAACAGCGAGAAGAAAAACAGCAAACUACUCUUACUGAAUGGUACUCAGCUCAAGAGAAUAGCAUCAAACCAGAAUCUCAAAGGCAAAGAACUGUUCCAAAUGUUACUGAAGAAUAUGAUCUAUUGGAUGAUGGUGGUGAUGCCGUAUUCAGUCAACUGACUGAAAAAGAUGUGAAUUGCCUUGAACCAUGGCUAAUAAAAGAAAUGGAUGCUUGUCUUUCUGACAUAUGGCUGCAUAAAGAUGUCGAUGCCUUUGCUCAGGUGUUUCACCUUAUUUUAACUGAAAAUGUUAGCGUGGAUUACAGACACAGCGAAACCAGUGCAACAGCAUUAAUGGUUGCUGCAGGAAGAGGGUUUUUGAGUCAAGUAGAACAAUUAAUUAGCAUGGGAGCCAAUGUCCAUAGCAAAGCAUCAAAUGGCUGGAUGGCUUUAGACUGGGCUAAACACUUUGGACAGACUGAGAUUGUAGACCUUCUGGAGUCAUAUAGUGCUUCCUUGGAGUUUGGAAAUCUAGAUGAAAGUUCCUUGGUCCAAGCAAAUGGAAGUGAUCUCAAUGCAGAAGAUAGAGAAUUACUGAAAGCAUAUCAUCACAGCUUUGAUGAUGAAAAAGUGGAUUUGGAUUUGAUCAUGCACCUUCUCUAUAACAUCUGCCAUAGCUGUGAUGCUGGAGCAAUCUUAAUUUUCCUUCCUGGAUAUGAUGAAAUUGUUGGACUGAGGGAUCGCAUUCUAUUUGAUGACAAGCGUUUUGCAGAUAAUACACAUAGGUAUCAGGUCUUUAUGCUGCAUUCAAAUAUGCAAACUUCUGAUCAAAAGAAAGUACUAAAAAAUCCACCCUCAGGUAUUCGGAAAAUAAUCCUUUCUACCAAUAUUGCUGAAACCAGCAUAACAGUUAAUGAUGUUGUCUUUGUUAUUGAUUCGGGCAAAGUGAAAGAGAAAUCCUUUGAUGCCCUAAAUUACGUUACGAUGCUAAAAAUGGUGUGGAUUUCAAAAGCCAGUGCUAUCCAAAGAAAAGGCAGGGCGGGGCGAUGUAGGCCUGGAAUCUGUUUUCGUCUCUUCAGCAGACUUCGAUUUCAGAAUAUGUUGGAAUUUCAGACACCAGAACUUCUGAGAAUGCCACUUCAGGAACUUUGUUUACAUACCAAACUAUUAGCACCUAUUAACUGUCCCAUUGCUGACUUUCUUAUGAAAGCCCCAGAACCUCCACCAGCUUUGAUUGUUAGAAAUGCUGUUCAAAUGCUUAAGACAAUAGAUGCCAUGGAUACAUGGGAAGAUCUGACUGAGCUUGGAUAUCAUUUGGCUGACUUGCCAGUUGAACCUCAUCUUGGUAAAAUGGUCUUGUGUGCUGUCGUUUUGAAGUGUCUGGACCCUAUCCUUACCAUUGCCUGUACUCUAGCAUAUAGAGAUCCUUUUGUGCUACCCACACAAGCUUCUCAAAAGCGUGCAGCCAUGCUGUGUAGGAAACGUUUUACAGCAGGCACCUUUAGCGACCAUAUGGCACUUCUAAGAGCUUUUCAGGCAUGGCAGAAAGCAAGAAGUGAUGGCUGGGAAAGAGCUUUUUGUGAAAAGAAUUUUCUUUCACAAGCUACAAUGGAAAUCAUCAUAGGCAUGAGAACUCAGUUGCUUGGUCAGCUUAGAGCAUCAGGUUUCGUUAGAGCACGAGGUGGUGGUGACAUACGAGAUGUUAACACAAAUUCUGAAAAUUGGGCUGUAGUUAAAGCUGCAUUGGUGGCAGGCAUGUAUCCUAAUUUAGUUCAUGUGGACAGAGAGAAUGUAGUAUUAACAGGACCAAAGGAGAAAAAAGUACGGUUUCAUCCAACUUCUGUUCUCAGUCAACCUCAAUAUAAAAAGAUUCCUCCAGCUAAUGGCCAAGCAGCAGCUCUUCAAGCACUUCCCACAGAUUGGCUUAUAUAUGAUGAAAUGACUAGAGCACACAGAAUAGCCAAUAUCCGAUGCUGUUCUGCUGUGACACCUGUCACUGUUUCAGUAUUUUGUGGGCCAGCGAGGUUGGCAAGUAAUGCUCUUCAGGAACCUUCAUCUUUUAGAGUGGAUGGUGUUCCUAAUGACAGCAGUGACAGUGAAAUGGAAGAUAGAACCACUGCUAAUUUGGCGGCAUUAAAACUGGAUGAGUGGCUAAAUUUCAAAAUGGAUCCAGAGGCUGCCAGCUUAUUGCUACAACUCAGACAGAAAUGGCAUAGUUUAUUUUUGCGCCGUAUGAGAGCUCCUUCUAAGCCUUGGUCUCAAGUUGAUGAAGCAACUAUAAGAGCAAUUAUAGCUGUUUUAAGCACAGAAGAACAGUCUGCAGGAUUGCAACAACCAUCAGGGAUUGGCCAAAGACCAAGACCAAUGUCUUCAGAGGAACUUCCUUUGGCAUCUUCUUGGAGGUCAAAUAAUAGCAGGAAGAGUUCAGCAGAUACUGAAUUCUCUGAUGAUUCUUCUAAUGCAGAAAGAGUCUUGAUGAAGUCUCCAUCUCCAGCAUUCCACCCACCUCAGAAAUACAAAGAUAGAGGUAUUUUGCAUCCUAAACGAAGCUCUGAUGAUCGAUCUGACCAAUCUUCUGUGAAAUCUACAGAUAGUAGUAGUUACCCUAGUCCUUGUGCCAGUCCUUCUCCUCCAUCUUCAGGAAAGGGCUCAAAAUCCCCUUCACCAAGACCAAAUAUGCCAGUUCGAUACUUCAUAAUGAAGAGUAGCAAUCUGAGAAAUCUUGAGAUUUCUCAACAGAAGGGUAUAUGGUCUACAACCCCUAGCAAUGAACGGAAAUUAAAUAGAGCCUUUUGGGAGAGCAGCAUGGUUUAUUUGGUGUUUUCUGUUCAAGGAUCUGGACAUUUCCAGGGAUUUUCUAGGAUGUCUUCAGAGAUAGGACGGGAAAAGAGUCAGGAUUGGGGCUCCGCAGGUCUAGGAGGAGUGUUCAAGGUGGAAUGGAUACGGAAAGAAAGUCUUCCUUUUCAAUUUGCACACCACUUACUCAAUCCUUGGAAUGACAAUAAGAAAGUACAAAUAAGCAGAGAUGGACAGGAAUUGGAACCCCAAGUUGGAGAACAACUUUUACAGUUAUGGGAACGUAUUCCUUUAGGAGAGAAAAAUGCAACUGAUUGACAUUUAGCUUAUGGUAGCAUACCUUGAGGUAUUGUUGAAGUUUUCUAAAUACUGACUAUUUUAUGUUGAUAAAGGACUUAAGCUAAAUAUUUUAAGCUACUUUAAAAAGAUCUUUAGAUGCUGAAAAAUGUCAUGUUUGUUUAUGACUGGAUGCACUGACUCUUAAAAACUGAAGGUGGGGAUAAUGCCUUAUGACUGGGCCCUUGUAAUUCAUGAUCUCACUCUAGAAUCACCAUCUUACAAAAGAAAAAAGGAUAAUUUUAAUUUUUGAAGAUCAUAGUGAAUGAUAAUACAGUGUAUGUUGGCAAUGUUUUUAAUUGAAUAAAAUUGGAAUAAAUUUGUUUCUUUGACAUUGGCAGUUAUUUUAUGUUUUAAAAUUUUUUUAAAAAUUGAAAUUAUUUACCAUAUUGUCGUUAGACUGUUGUUGAUAACUUUAAAUGUAACAUUUUUUUCUUUCUCAAAAAUCCUUAAUUGGAUCUAUAAAUCUAGGUAAAACUUUCAAGAUUUAUUUCAUACUGUUGAGAACAAAAAUUCUCAAAAUGUCACUGUUACAGAACUCAUAUUGGGCAAGGGCUAGUUAUUUAACAAUAGUUAACAUAAGACAGGUAGAGGGAGAAAUAUCUUUUUUAAUGAUUACAUAAUACUAUAUUAAAAUUUGAAUAAAAGAGGUUUUUCUUGAUUGUAGACUGGAGUAGUUCCAUUUAACAUAGUGUUUUUCUUCAUUUAUUUUUUUUAAAUCUUUAGUGAUUCUCAUCACACAUGAACAUACUAAUUAUUACAUCUUUGUUUUGACUAGAAUGAUUUGAUUCAGCUUAGCAAGUAACCAUCCUUAUUAAAUCCAAAUCAAAGGGCAUAGCAAAAAAAAAAAUCAUCUACCAGUAUGCAAUAUUAAUUAAAACAAAGAUGACAAAUGUCUUUUAUGCUAAACAUGAAUUAACAAAUUUUGAACUCUCUUUUCCCAUUUUUGUUUUUUUGUUUUUUUUUUUCACUUUUUCCUCAUGGAAUCAUAGGAAAACAUUUUUUAAAUCACUGACCCAUUUUUGGUCAUUUGAAAUUUAAGGCUUUGUUAAUGUUGGCACAAGAUUUCUCUGCAAUUUUGAUCAGCUAAAUGGUUUGGAAUGUCAGUGAUUUUUCUAAGUAUUUUUGACAUUUGUUAUUGUCUUUGAUUGAAGCAUUUAUUUUUUUUUCUUUCUGACACCAUUCAUAUUUGCUACUACAGAUUACAUGUUUAAAACUGUUUCCUUAGGCUUUAUGAAGGUCAUGGUUAAUGAUUAAGAAGUUCAAAGAAAAUAGCAGAGAUUAUAGUAACUGUACAUGAAGUAGAUUUGAGUAACACAACUCCUAGAGAAAGCAUUCCUCUUAUUCAUUUAAGAAAACUUAGAAAUAUCCUUUAAAAAAAGAAAACUCCUAACCUCUAAGAAACGAAAAAUCAUGGGUCAACAAAAGACCUUGAGAAUUCUUCCAUUUAUUUCUGGAAGAACAUUAUGUAUUUAUCUGUGCACAUCUGCAUACAUUCAGAAUAUGAGUUCAGUAGUUGAUAUUCCCAUUUAUACCUAAAAGUUUCACUUUUUAACAUGUACUUCCAGACAUUUCAUUUGAAUUAUAUAUUAACAGUAUUCUCAGUUAUAUUGUAUUGUUAUAGCAAAUUCAGUGAUAAUGUAGGUAUUUUAUUUAGAUUCCCCUUUAGCAUUUUACAGUGCUAAGGUUUGUUUUUUCCUUCUUGAAUAAAAUUUAUUUCAAUUUUGUUCUGUACUUCACAUUUUAGUAUCAUAAAAUUUGUGAGUUAUUAGUAUUUAAAUGAAUUUAUUGAAAAUGAGAGUGAUGGUAUUGGGAGAAAGAAACAUUAAACAUAUUUAAAAACAGUGACAUUCUGAUAAUAAUUUAUAUAUAUAUGAAAUGCUAUAUAUAUUAAGAUACUUGGAGAAUUAUAUUCCUUGAAAGUUUUUUCUGGUUCUUUCUCUGAUUAUAGAAUAUAUAAUCACACAGAUUUUAAUUCCCUUACAUCUCAUGUUUGUACCUAUGUAAACAUGCUAUGCAAUAAAGCACAAAGUGAAAAAAAAAA